AUGGACAGAUCGGAUACGAACAAAUCCAUAAAGAUGGUAUAUGUGCCUCCCAGUAGAAGAAACCGCAACAAUGCAAAUGAGCCCAAAAUUAUUGGGGAAAUGGAGGAAUCGCCUAAACAACCCGAUUCAUCUUUUUCUCGUUGGGCAGAUUUGAGUAGUAACGAACAUAAACAUGACAAAAGGAGAAAUUUUACGAAGGGUGGAGGAGCCACUUCUUGGGCUACUAGAGAUGGUAGAAGGUACUACCGGGAAAAUGAAGAUGAGAUUUUUGGCAAUGUAAAAACUCGUAUUCAAACUGGGAUAAACUUUGAUUCCUACGAAAAUAUCCCUGUAGAAAUGACUGGAAGGGAUGCGAAUAAUAUACACCCAAUUGAACGUUUUUCUGUGGACACUAUACAUGAAUUGCUCCUUAAAAAUAUUAUUAAGGUCAAUUACACCACUCCCACUCCCAUUCAAAAACAUUCGAUUGCGGCUAUAAGGGCUCGUAGAGAUCUUAUGGCCUGUGCGCAAACAGGUUCUGGUAAAACUGCAGCAUUUUUGCUACCCAUUAUGACAUCCAUGUUGUAUGAAGGCCCACCACCACCAGUGCAAUCCAGAACCAGAUGCACAUUCCCUGUAUGUUUGGUGCUCUCCCCUACGCGUGAGUUGGCCAUUCAAAUAUAUAAUGAGGCUAGGAAAUUUAAUUUUGGAACGGGUAUUCGCACUGUUGUGUUAUAUGGAGGCAGCGAGGUUAGAGCCCAACUUUUUGAUUUGGAAAAGGGUUGUGAUGUAUGUGUGGCAACUCCAGGCAGAUUGACUGAUCUAGUAGAACGCCGAAAGGUCAAUUUUACUUCUGUGAAGUAUUUAGUGCUGGAUGAGGCUGAUAGGAUGUUGGAUAUGGGGUUUUCUCCCCAAAUAAGGGCAAUUGUGGAAGAUAAUGGCAUGCCUACAUCUAUGGAAGGUAGACAAACUGUGAUGUUUAGCGCCACUUUUCCUAGGGAAAUUCAAAUUUUAGCCAAGGAUUUCUUGCGAGAUUACAUCUAUUUGACAGUAGGGCGGGUAGGGUCUACCAAUGAAUUUAUCAGACAAAGGGUACAAUAUGCUGGGCAGGAUCAGAAAGCUAAAUAUCUAGUUAAGUUACUAAAUGAAAAUUCUAAUGGUUUAGUAUUGAUAUUCGUUGAAACUAAGCGCAGGGCCGAUAUGAUAGAGGCAUAUUUGUUAAACGAGAAUUUUUUGGCAGUUAGUAUACACGGAGAUAGAUCUCAGCAGGAUAGAGAAGAGGCCCUUAGAUUAUUUAAGACAGGGAAAAGGCCAAUAUUAGUGGCAACAGAUGUUGCUGCUAGGGGACUUGAUAUAUCAAAUAUUACUCAUGUCAUAAACUGUGAUCUACCUAGCAACAUAGACGAUUACGUUCACAGAAUUGGAAGGACUGGAAGGGCAGGUAAUUUUGGUCUAGCCACAUCUUUUGUCAACGAAAACAACCGCACUAUCUUGAAGGAUUUAUUAGCUUUGUUGGAGGAGGCAAACCAGGAAAUACCUGCCUGGUUCCAAUCACUGGUGGUGAACUACUCACACGGCAAUGGCAGGGACAACAAGAAGGGAUUCAAAACAAAGCAAAAUAAUUCCGGUAGUAACCAGAAGAAACAUUAUGAAGAUAAGUGGGGAAGUAAUUAUGGUUUUCAGGAGUUUAAAGAUGAUGGGUGGUGA